AUGACUUUAUCUUCCUGGCUCAAUGCUUAUUAUGAUGCGAACGGUUCACACGGUAGAUUGAGAAAUAGCACUCCCGCAACGACAAGUCACGAAGAAACCAGCCCAAGCGCUGGGAAGAACCCCAUUGGAAAUGGAAAUACGUAUGGUAUUGGUAGCCUUCGUGGGUCUGGAACAUUGCGGCCACCAGACCACCUAAUUGGUCCUGAAGAAGUUGUCAAUGCACCUUGUAACUGCCAUGAAUGCUGGAAUGGAAGGUUGCUCGUAAACAGCUCUGGCCGGUACUUCGAUACCGUAGAACGCUCCGACAAAAGGCGACCGAGUGUUGUAGAGUUCGAGCCGGAUAUGAAUAACGUAAAAAUGAUUAAUGACGUAUACCGUGCUGCCCUUGCUAAGGACAGAGAGCUUGUGCAUAGGGUCAUCUUGGAGGGACCUGAAACCGUCUGUGUGGUCACAAACCCUCUUGCGGAGAGUUACGCGGCCCACGACUUUUGCGUUUUUCUAAACCCGGGCAGUUCUCCCGAGAAUAAUAUGAAUGAAGUUCUCUGGAACCCUGUUGAACUCAAGCUUUUCGCCGGAGGGCGUGCCCAGGAAUGGGGUGGGAUCCUCCACCAUGCCAUCAUGGGAGGUGAUAUGUGGCUUUUAGAGCGUGCUUUAGCAGUAGGAGCCCGGACAAGAGAUCGAGACAGUCGGGGGCGUACCCCGCUCCACAUAGCAAUCCGUGAAGGACGCCUGGAUAUGGUUAAAAUAUUGACCAACUAUCCAUCCCAUUCCCCCUUCAUCCCGCGCGAUGUCUGGGGCCGAAACGCCUGUGAUGAGGCUGUACUCCGCUACGUGCGUGAGAAAAUCGCACGUGGGGGCUCUGGCUCGAAAAUUACCCUAGACCAGCGGUAUAAGAUCCUUCUUUGGAUCAUUGGCCACGAAGAAAUGCGCAAGGAUAAGAAUAUCCUACACCUCGCGUGUAGGUUUAACCAUACAGCCUUGGUACACUCCCUUGUGGGGAAUACCUCGCUCCGGGAGGACCUAAAGAACAGGCGAAUUCGUCGUAAUAGGUCACCUCUUUUAGACCAGCGGAAUAACUUCGUUGCUACCAUUGUGGCGAUGUUGGAGGGCUCAAGUUCAAGGGAUGAAACAUUAGUGCCCACAAAUGUCUUUCUACCCGGCCCUGUCGACAGGAACGAACCAGCAACGCGUCCAUGGUUUGAUGAUCAAGCGUAUAAUGGGUGGGCUCAAGGAGACUUUAUGUACGGUUGGUUUUAA